AUGAGUGGCCCUGCACCCCUGCGCUGCCUCUUCUCCAAGUCUGCCGCGCCCUAUCGAUGUCUACGACGGAAUCUCCACUCAUCAAAGCAACUCCACCAACGCCCCGAUUUUCCAAAGAUACCCACCAAAGCCCCAAGGGGCGCUCCACGUAAGGAUGUUGCCAGAACGGUAACUACCGCCGAUGACUUCAAAGCCUACUCAGAGGAGGACAAAAGAAAGCUUACUACGCACUUCAAAUACACCCCAGCCCAGCUCGCCGCAAUCGAAGCCGGAGAAGCUGCCAUAGACCCAAAAGACUUGGCUGAGCAGGCUAUGAUGCGAGAUGACCCGUUUGCCUUCGAAUACUAUGAUGAUUUCGCUACCAUCCACCCUGUCGUUGACAAGCCUAUCCGAGCACCCGAGGAGAACUACGACCCGAAGCUACGGUACAAGAAUGAAGACGAGAUAGCCGAAGACUUUGUGAAAUUUAUCGAAGAGAUGCCUGAGGGUGCUACGAGGUUGGACUACAUGAAGUUCACGGAUAACGUGCGGUUGACAGUGGGCAAAGAGGAGGCAGAGCGGAAGCCGGUCAGCUCGCUGGCACCAGAGAUACCCAAGGGACUUGAAUCAUUGAAACAGCCCGGAAUUGGCAAGCCAGGCGAAGUUGAGAUUGAUCCUGCGAUGAAGAGGUUGAUGCGGCAAACGGGUUUCUCUCUAGAUGAGAUCAAGAGAUUCAGGGUAAAGAACUUGGUCGUACACAGGGUGGUCAAUCAGACGAAGAUGGGAAAGAUACAGAGCAUGUAUUUCCUGACUGUUGCAGGAAACGGGAGGGGAUUGUUGGGAAUCGGGGAGGGCAAAUCUGCAGAAGCGGAGGACGCAAGGAGGCAGGCGCAUUAUGCUGCGAUACGGAAUGUGCAGCCUAUACCUCGGUAUGAGGAUCGGACGAUCUAUGGAGAUGUGAAGGUGAAGAUGGGGGCUGUGGAGUUAGAGUUGAUGACGAGACCGCCAGGGUUCGGAAUUCGAUGUCAGGACAAAAUCUUCGAAAUGUGCCGGUGCGCAGGAAUAUCGGAUCUAGCAGCACGUGUCACGCGGUCACGGAAUCCUAUGAAUACCAUCAAAGCGACGUUUCAGGCGCUACUGAGCCAAAAGAUACCGGACGAGGUAGCAAGAGGGUUGGGAAAGAAACUAGUAGAUGUACGCAAGGUGUAUUAUGGUGGGAAUGUAUAG